CGCGUCUCCUCAGCCUGCUGAGCUGCGCAUGCGCUGCUGGCUAACGGCUCUGCUCAGCGCAUUUCUACUGAGAGAGGCCUGAGUGUGCGAGAGCUUGGCGAACACAGAACUUUUUACGGGUAUCGAGGCGGUGCGUGGACUGAAGAAGGGCGAGGGCGAUCGGCUGGGGUUGGGGGGGCGGUGGCUAGGAAGGGCGAGAGGGAAGCGAAGGCCAACGGUGGGGGCUGGGGAAGGGCGAUAGGGAGGCGCGGGCUCUCUCUAGCAGGUGGCCACAGCCAUGAAGGGGCUCUCUCCCGCCGCUGGCAAGGGCGUGCGGGGCCCGGAGCACCCGAGCCCCUUCAGCCAGCUAGUCUAUACCAGCAACGACUCCUACAUCGUCCCCAUCGGGGAUUUUAAAAAGAUCCAUAAAGCUGCCUGCCUGGGCCAAGUCCAGAAGCUGGAGAAGAUGACAGAGAGGAAGACCAUCAACCUUAAUAUAAAAGACUCCCAGAAAAGGACUGCUCUACACUGGGCCUGUGUCAACGGCCAUGAGGAAGUAGUAACAUUUCUGGUAGACAGAAAGUGCCAGCUUGACGUCCUUGAUGGUGAAAACAGGACACCUCUGAUGAAGGCUCUACAAUGCCAUUGGGAGGCUUGUGCAAAUAUUCUGAUAGAUUCUGGUGCCGAUGUAAAUUUUGUAGAUAUGUAUGGCAACACGGCUCUCCAUUAUGCUGUUUAUAGUGAGAAUUUGUCAGUGGUGGCAAAACUGCUGUCCCAUGGUGCAGUCAUCGAAGUGCAGAACAAGGCUAGCCUCACACCACUUUUACUAUCCAUAACGAAAAGAAGGGAGCAAAUUGUGGAAUUUUUGCUGACAAAAAAUGCAAAUGCGAAUGCAGUUAAUAGGUGUAAAUGCACAGCGCUCAUGCUUGCUGUAUGUCAUGGAUCAUCAGAGAUAGUUGGCAUGCUUCUUCAGAAAAAUGUUGACGUCUUUGCUGCAGAUACAUAUGGAGUAACUGCAGAACGUUAUGCUGUUGCUUGUGGAUUUCAUCACAUUCAUCAACAAAUUUUGGAAUAUAUACAAAAAUUAUCUAAAAAUCGUCAAAAUACCAAUCCAGAAGGAACAUCUGCAGGAACACCUGACGAGGCUGCACCCUUGGCGGAAAGAACACCUGACACGGCUGAAAGCUUGGUGGAAAAAACACCUGACGAGGCUGCACCCUUGGUGGAGGGAACAUCUGACAAAAUUCAAUGUUUGAAGAAAGCGACAUCUGGAAAGUUUGAACAGUCAGCAGAAGAAACACCUAGGGAAAUUACGAGGCCCGCAAAAGAAACAUCUGAGAAAUUUAUGGGAAGACCUAGGAAGAUCGCAUGGCAGAAUAAAGAAACACCUGUAAAGACUGGAUGUGUGGCAAGAGUAACGUCUAAUAAAACUAAAGUUUUGGAAAAAGGAAGAUCUAAGAUGAUUGCAUGUCCUACAAAAGAAUCAUCUACAAAAGCAAGUACCAAUGUGGAUGUGAGUUCUGUAGAGUCUAUAAUCAGUCUUUUUGGCAAAACGACUAUUGAAAUUUCACAGUCUACAAAAGUUGAGGAAGACUUUAAUCUUGCUACCAAGAAUGCAGGUUUUACCCCAAGUAAACAACCAGUUGUGGAAGCAGAGACUCUUAAUAAGCAUAUGCAGGGAGCAACAAAGACAGUAACUGGACAACAAGAAAAUGAUAUUGGCAUUAUUGAACAAGCUCCACAAGAUCUAACAAAUAAGAUGCCCACAUCAGAAUCAGGACAAAAAGAAGAUACAAAAUCACCUUCAGAUGCUGAGAUUAUCUCUAAGAGUGCUGCACAGAAUUAUAUGUGUUUACCUGAUGCUGCAUAUCAAAAAGAUAUCAAAACAAUAAAUCACAAUAUAGAAGAUCAGAGGUUCUCAUCAGAAUCCAAACAAGAGGAAGAUGAAGAAAAUUCUUGGGAUUCUGGGAGUCUCCUUGGGAGUUCUGCAGAGAUUCAAGUGUGUAUACCUAAGUCUAUAUAUCAAAAAGUAAUGGAGAUAAAUAGAAAAGUAGAAGAGCCUCCUGAGAAGCCAUCUGCCUUCAAGCCUGCCACUGAAAUGCAAAAGUCUGUUCCAAAUAAAGCCUUUGAAUUGAAGACUGAACAAACAUUGAGAGCAGAUCAGAUGUUCCCAUCAGAAUCCAAACAAAAGGACAAUGAAGAAAAUUCUUGGGAUUCUGAGAGUCUCUGUGAGACUGUUUCACAGAAGGAUGUGUGUUUACCCAAGGCUACACAUCAAAAAGAAAUCGAUAAAAUAAGUGGAAAAUUAGAAGAGUCUCCUGGUAAAGAUGGUCUUCUGAAGGCUACAUGUGGAAUGAACGUUUCUAUUCGAAAUAAAGCCUUAGAAUUGAAGGGCAUACAAACAUUCAAAGCAGAGUCCCCUGAGAAGCCAUCUGCCUUCAAGCCUGCCACUGAAAUGCAAAAGUCUGUUCCAAAUAAAGCCUUCGAGUUGAAGAAUGAACAAACAUUGAGAGCAGAUCAGAUGUUCCCAUCAGAAUCCAAACAAAAGGACAAUGAAGAAAAUUCUUGGGAUUCUGAGAGUCUCUGUGAGACUGUUUCACAGAAGGAUGUGUGUUUACCCAAGGCUACACAUCAAAAAGAAAUCGAUAAAAUAAGUGGAAAAUUAGAAGAGUCUCCUGGUAAAGAUGGUCUUCUGAAGGCUACAUGUGGAAUGAACGUUUCUAUUCGAAAUAAAGCCUUAGAAUUGAAGGGCAUACAAACAUUCAAAGCAGAGUCCCCUGAGAAGCCAUCUGCCUUCAAGCCUGCCACUGAAAUGCAAAAGUCUGUUCCAAAUAAAGCCUUCGAGUUGAAGAAUGAACAAACAUUGAGAGCAGAUGAGAUGUUCCCAUCAGAAUCAAAACAAAAGGACGAUGACAACAAUUCUUGGGAUUCUGAGAGUCUCUGUGAGACUGUUUCACAGAAGGAUGUGUGUUUACCCAAGGCUACACAUCAAAAAGAAAUCGAUAAAAUAAGUGGAAAAUUAGAAGAGUCUCCUGGUAAAGAUGGUCUUCUGAAGCCUACCUGCGGAAUGAAAGUUUCUAUUCAAAAUAAAGCCUUAGAAUUGAAGGACAUACAAACAUUCAAAGCAGAGCCUCCUGAGAAGCCAUCUGCCUUCAAGCCUGCCAUUGAAAUACAAAAGUCUGUUCCAAAUAAAGCCUUCGAGUUGAAGAAUGAACAAACAUUGAGAGCAGAUGAGAUGUUCCCAUCAGAAUACAAACAAAAGGACAAAGAAGAAAAUUCUUGGGAUUCUGAGAGUCUCUGUGAGACUGUUUCACAGAAGGAUGUGUAUUUACCCAAGGCUACACAUCAAAAAGAAAUCGAUAAAAUAAGUGGAAAAUUAGAAGAUUCAACUAGCCUAUCAAAAAUCUUGGAUGCAGUUCAUUCUGGUAAAAGAGCAAGGGAACUUGCUUACAGCAAAAUGGAACAAAUGAAAAGAAGUGUACUAAAAAAACAACUGUCAGAAGCAAAAGAAAUAAAAUCACAGUUAGAGAACCAAAAAGUUAAAUGGGAACAAGAGCUCUGCAGUGGGAGAUUGACUUUAAACCAAGAAGAAGAGAAGAGAAGAAAUGCCGACAUAUUAAAUGAAAAAAUUAGGGAAGAAUUAGGAAGAAUCGAAGAGCAGCAUAGGAAAGAGUUAGAAGUAAAACAACAACUUGAAGAGGCUCUCAGAAUACAAGAUAUGGAAUUGAAGAGUGUAAGAAGUAAUUCGAAUCAGGUUUCUCACCCUCAUAAAAAUGAAAAUGAUCUCUUACAUGAAAAUUCCAUGUUGAAAAAGGAAAUUGCCAUGCUAAAACUGGAAAUAGCCACACUGAAACACCAAUACCAGGAAAAGGAAAAUAAAUACUUUGAGGACAUUAAGAUUUUAAAAGAAAAGAAUGCUGAACUUCAGAUGACCCUAAAACUGAAAGAGGAAACAUUAACUAAAAGGGCAUCUCAAUAUAGUGGGCAGCUUAAAGUUCUGAUAGCUGAGAACACAAUGCUCACUUCUAAAUUGAAGGAAAAACAAGACGAAGAAAUACUAGACACAGAAAUUGAAUCAUACCAUCCUAGACUGGCUUCUGCUGUACAAGACCAUGAUCAAAUUGUGACAUCAAGAAAAAGCCAAGAACUUGCUUUCCACAUUGCAGGAGAUGCUUGUUUGCAAGGAAAAAUGAAUGUUGAUGUGAAUAAUACAAUAUAUAACAAUGAGGUGCUCCAUCAACCACUUUCUGAAACUCAAAGGAAAUCCAAAAGCCUAAAAAUUAUCAAUUAUGCAGGAGAUGCUCUAAGAGAAAAUACAUUGGUUUCAGAACAUGCACAAAGAGACCAACGUGAAACACAGUGUCAGGUGAAGAAAGCUGAACACAUGUAUCAAAACGAGCAAGAUAAUGUGAACAAACACACUGAACAGCAGGAGUCUGUAGAGCAGAAAUUAUUUCAACUACAAAGCAAAAAUAUGUGGCUUCAACAGCAAUUAGUUCAUGCACAUAAGAAAGCUGAUAAAAAAAGCAAGAUAACAAUUAAUAUUCAGUUUCUUGAGAGGAAAAUGCAACAUCAUCUCCUAAAAGAGAAAAAUGAGGAGGUAUUUAAUUACGUUAACCAUUUAAAAGACCGUAUAUAUCAAUAUGAAAAAGAGAAAGCAGAAAGAGAAGUCAUUGUGAGAAAACUUCAAAAAAACUUGGCUGAUCUCAAUAAACAGUGUGUGUCUGAGGCUUCACUAGAGGUUACAUCACAUUAUCACAUUAAUCUCAAAGAUGAGAUACAAGAUUUAAUGAAGAAAUGAUUUCAAAUCAAAAGUCAAAACUCAUGAGAGACAAGCAGAGACCAGUAAGAAACUUCUUUUGGAGAAACAACAGACCAGGUCUUUAUUCACAACUCAUGCUAGGAGGCCAGUCCUAGCGUCACCUUAUGUUGAAAAUCUUACCAAUAGUUUGUGUCAACAGAAUACUUACUUUAGAAGAAAAAUUCAUGAUUUCUUCCUGGAGCCUACAGACAUAAAAUAACAGUGUGAAGAAUUACUUGUUCACGGUUAUAUAAUAGUAUAACAUUGCCAAGGAGUGGAUUAUCUCAUCUUCAUCCUGUAAUUCCAGUGUUUGUCACAUGGUUGUUGAACAAAUGAAUAAAGAAUGAGAAAGCCAGAAGCUCUGAUACAUAAUCAUAAUGAUAAUUAUUUCAAUGCACAACUAUGGGUGGUGCUGAACUAGAAUCUAUAUUUUCUGCUACUGGCUCCUCUAGGAUCUACUAAUGAUUUAAAUAUAAAAGAUGAAGUUAGUAAAGCAUCAGAAAAAAAAGGUAAACGAAUUGCUCCUGUGCAGAUGAUUGGCAUCACAUGGUGUUUUGAGCUGAUAUGCCCAACACUUGAGCUCACUGCAAUAGUACCAGACAUGAAGUCCUUGCCCACGCCUAUGUCCUGAACUACAAACCAGUGCUCAAUGAAAUAAAAGAGGAUACAAACAAAUGGAA